UCUGGAUGCCGGUCUUGAACAUGUGCCUUCCCUGGCCUCUGCACCAAGAUAAAUUUCCCAACGUUGUAGGUCACUGAUAUUUUGAAUUGAAAAGGCCAGAAGUUUCCUCCCAGAGCUAUAUAGGUACCUAGGAGCUUCUAUUAGCUGGGGGGACGUUAGUUAACUAUCGAGCUCUCUUCCUCUUUCAUUCUUCCCGUCUCUACUUCCCUUCAAUCUCAUCUUUCUCGACUUGCCUAGGAAGACUAUCCAUUCGUUCCCUUCCCCUUUACUUCUUAUAUAUAUAUUUUAAACCGAACACGCUCCAACCCCCCCUUUAACCCGCCCUUUCACUGGUUCUAUUCUUCCUGCUAUGACCAAAUUUUGAAUUUAUGGCAGGGGUGUUACCGCAACGUUGAUCGCAUUUUCCUUCUGAUUUUACAUAGUCAUUCUCGUGGGCUUUGCGCACAGCUAAAUCUUCUUUGUGAAGUGUGGCAAGAGAAAGAUAUUGUUAGGAUAAGAAGAAAAAGUGGUAAAAAAAUUAUAUCAAUCCCAUUGAUUCAACAAAGCGAGGCUGAGUUUACUCACUUCUUCCUCUUCUUUCAACUAUGGAAUUUCCAUAUAUGCGAGCGUUCGUUGCUCUUUUUAUUUACCGCUAUCUUCGUCUUGCUGUGAACCUUGUAUCAUUCUGGACAUUCAAGCCCAUCCCCCCACCAGAGUCCCCGAGGUUGACUGCGCAAGAUGUGACUGUUAUCCUUCCUACUCUCGAGGGCUGUGGUGAUGAGUUAGUCGAGACAAUUAGGACAAUUCUCGAUAACCAGCCUUAUGAGCUUCUGUUGGUCACCAUCGAAGCAAACCGCAAAAAAGCCGAGAAUAUGCUGAGCUUGAUGCCAGCUUCAAAAUCGAGAAUCCGACUUUUUACGGUCACACACCCCAAUAAACGCCGUCAGAUGACGAGAGCCAUCCCGGAGGUCCGCACGCCUAUCACAAUCUUCGCUGAUGACGAUGUGAGUUGGCCGAACACAGUGCUCCCAUGGAUUUUGGCACCAUUUGAGAGAAAUGAGCGAUAUGGAGGCGUAGUGACCUGCCAGCGACUUCGACGUGCUAUUGCGCCGACAUUAUCUCAAAGAAUCUGGGGCUUUCUGGGAGCUCUUUAUUUAGAGAGGAGAAACUUUGAUUGCGCUGCCACAACACAUCUUGAUGGAGGUCUUCCUUGUAUGUCGGGUCGAACGGUUGCAUAUAAGACGGACAUUCUACAAGAUGAGGGGUUUACUUACGCUUUUACGAACGAGGAAUGGUGGUUUGGCAGGUACCAAUUAAAUGCAGACGACGACAAUUUCAUUACACGUUGGAUGGUAUCACAUGGUUGGGAGACCUUCAUGCAGUAUCAUCCCGAAGCUGAAGUCUUGACUACCUUGGAAGAUAACCCCAAAUUUUUGAAGCAAUGCGCACGUUGGUCUCGGAGCAACUGGAGAAGCAACUUGACUAGUAUGUUCCAUGAAAAGCACAUCUGGUAUCGCCAGCCAUGGAGCGCAUACGCCGUCCAUCUGACAACCUUGUCACCUCCAGCCCUCUUAGGCGACUUGCUGCUUGUCCUCCUGUGUCAUAAGGCCACGGCAUCCUGGGAGGAGGAUUGGCAAGCACUCGCUAUGCAAGCCCUCGGGGGGUGGAUGUUUGUCAGCAAAUUCAUCAAACUUUUAGGACACUACGUUCGAUACCCCGUCGAUGUCUUACUUUUGCCUGUAUCUAUCCUCUUUGGGUAUUUCCACGGAGGAAUCAAGAUGUACGCAGUGAUGACUCUCAAUGUGGUAAGUUGCGAAUUGAGAUUAGUCUCUGUUUUAGUUCCUCGACUCUACAGAACAAUGCGCAGGCCGCCAAGGUCCGCUUUUGUGCUCGGAAAUAAUUCUAGGCUCUCGCCUGCCCCAAACCCAGUUUUCCAUUACUUGACCCUCCCUUUGGAUAUGCAUUGGCCAUGGGCCCCCUCAUUCUGUGCUUAUCUGAGAGUAAUGAUCUGGUUAAUCUAGCCGCCCCCGCCCAUUACGUUUUCAUUCUUAACCGAUUUUCCAUUUCCCUCCAAACCCCAUCCAUGCC